UAAGUAAAUAUAGAACUUUAAAAAAACCUAGACAAACUUCCACUUCAUGUUCCAGUCUUUAUUUAACUCUUCCUUGUUGCAAGGUUGUGGAAAAUACUUGCCAUUAGUGAACUUCGCGCAUCAUAAUUAAAAGGUUAGCACAAUAACUAUCUUUCACUGUUUUGAUGAGGGUUACUGGAUGGUAAAAUACUCUGUUAAAAACUUGCUGUAGAUGGUGCAGAUCUCAUGUUGUGUGGCCUGCUUUAAAUAGGCAUUACAAUUACACUAUUCCAGGUGCAUGGAUGAAGACUAUCUAGGUUAGUUUGAAAGUUUUCUAUACUUUUAAGUAACAGGAAUGAAGGGAGUUGACUUUUUUGAGUCGACCCUUCAUAUGAGUCUUGCACUUCACAAAAUUAAUGGGUUUUAGCUUAACAAAGAAACCAGGAGGUAAGAAGCUCAGGUUGGGCUUCAGUUGAAUUUAAGACUCUAUGCCUGAUGUUUCCUGUUGGACGACUCUCACCUUUCAAAGGCAUUCAGCUGAUAGAGACUCAGGUGCAGUUCAGUCCUGAUAAGUGUGGGUAUUUGGCUUACAGUUCUUGUAUUGUUUUCCAUAUUUGCCAUUCACUGAGACUUCUCUCUUCAAAGUCUGAACAGUGUGACCAUUCAGCAGUUUAAAGGACUGAAGUGUUUUGGAUUCCAAAGCAUAGUUCACCUAAAGACUUCAAGCCAGCUGGGUAUUUUGAUUUAACUGUUCAGAGUUAAACAUGAUCACCGCUGAUUAGCAUGAGAACGCUGUAGCUGCAUCUUGUUUUACAGCUGUUAGUGUAGGAGCUUCUAUAAUUUCUGAUCGAAUCCUUCCUUCCGCUGAACUGAGUGUGCCUGUCCUCUGAAUAAAAUUCUUUAUUGAGAGCAUUUUCCUAGGGCUUACCCUGUGGAUUCACUGCUUUGUCCUUAGCACUUUAUUACCUAAUGAUUUUUUUUGCUUGUUGUCACAUUGAGUUCCUUAGUUGAACUGUUAGUUCUUUGAUCUCCUAGGAAGAAAGAUUGCUGAGCAGUUUCAUUCUCAGAACAGUGUGGGUAAUUGAGAAACAUUUGGAAUUGACCAGCAGAUACAAAGGAGAAAUUUGUAUCCUUCUAAAGUCAGUCUGGAUAUAAAAUAACUAGCUAGCAGAAGCAUUUGAAUUCUCCUGAAGGCAAAGACUUCUAUAAGGUGAACACAGGGAUGACUUGGAUGACUUGAAAAAGCAAACCUUUGUGACAGAAUCCUGUGGUUUGAGGAGAGCACUGCGUGCAUCAGAACUAGGUAGAAAUUACACGAGUGGAUCUUAUUUCCCUUUAAGCCCUUGCUUCCUGGCAAGUUCAGUUAGAGUAGCUUCUCUACUUGAAGUACUGCACUUUCUCUGUUGUGAUUGACUUGAAUUGGCUGAAAGAAUAUUGUUCUCUCCUUUGAUGAUUAUCUGAUUUAGUACAGUGUUUCCAAAUUUCAAACCUGGUUCACUUUUUCUAUAUUGGAUAGAAUAUUCAUAGCUCAUUUCUUCUGUACAUGAGUUUGCAGAACUGUAAAUACGAAGUUAAAAAGACCCAAGACUGUAGCUGUCUAUACCUGAAGACUGAGAAGGAGGUAGAUAUAUAAGAAAGAAAGCCCAUUCAAGUUGAGCGUCCAGACUCUUUCUUCAUGUUUGUAGUUUUAGCCAAACUUAAAAUUUUAUCAACUUUAAAAUUUUCUUUUUUUGUUCAGUAAGUUUUCAAAGGUUUUUCUCUGCAUUCUAAUUUUAAGAGUGUGUUCAUUAUUGUGGUUUGUUUUCAUCAGUGGGUUACACCUUGUUUCUUACAGGUCUUCAUUGCCAUCUAGUGGCUGUAGUUGUUCAAAGGACUCGGUUUAGAAUAAAGCUGAAAUGAGUAAGGGUAUGAAAAAAGUAGGGACAUUUUUUUUUCUUGUGUUCUAACUAGUAAGAUAAAUACAAAAGAGUACAUGGGGAAAGAGGGUAAAUGUAUCAUGUGCUUUAUGGUGUAAUAUUAUUUGGAAUAGGAGGGAUUUUUUUUUAAUUUUUGUUUUGUUUUUGUUUGGUUGGUUGUUUUUUUUUUUAGCAAAGUAUUGCUCUGUUAAUAAAAGUUGACACUAAUUUUUAAUCUGUGUAUUACUUCUUCAUCAGGAAUAACUCAUAGCUGAUGACCAUGGUAAUUUUGAAAGAUUCAUAGAUAUUUCAGCUGGAUACAUAUUGAUAUAACACCUGCUUUUCUGUGUUGUAAAAAAACGAAUGUAAGUGGAAAAUUUUGACUGUAGAUUUAUAGUCAAGAAAGAAAGUUCGAAGACUUUUUUGCCUGCAGGCAGUAAAUUUUUUUCAUGUUUAUAACCACCAAGACAUUUUAAAUUGCAGUAAAACUUAAAAAUUGGUGAUUUGUUUCUCUGACAGAAAACGUACAUUAUUUGCGUCCAUUAACCAAAAAUACUACAAAUACCUGCAUUUAAUGAUACUAAUUCUUAAUAUAUAUCUGUAUUGAAUUAUGAUAUUAUUAACAGCACUUUGGUUGAAUCUAUUAAGAAUUAUGUAACUUAGAAAAAAAAUUUAUAUCUGUUAAAUAAAUGUGAUCAUGCUGAUAAAUAGGAGUUUUACACUGGAUUUUCAUUAUGAAGCUACCAUUAAUGGUGUUUAAUAGAAAUAAGAAUCAUUUAGGAUGAAAAAGACCUUUGAGAUCAAGUCCAACUGGCACUGACCUUUCUUGCCCAGGACUCCCACAGACACUUCAGAAACGGAAUAAUUUUGUUCUCUGAUCAUUUUCCAUGACUCGGAGGCCACAGUUCAGUUCACCCCCUGCCCUGGCAGCUCCUGCCCACGACUGCGACGGCCUGCGGGCAGCACAACUGGCUGCUGCCCCAGCAUGGAGCCUGCUCCCCCUGCUCAGAAUUCAGUUGUCUCAAGCCCAAUUUAAAAAAAAAAAAAAGACAGAAAACAUCACCUGUAAGGUUUUUUUGUCCUCCUCCAUGUGUGUAUCUCAUGGGCAGUGGGUGGAAGAAAAAAAAAGAGCAAAUGGAACGGGAUGGUUGCACUGAGCAGGAGUCACAACCUUGCGCCUUUAUUGGGAUAGGAAACAGUGACCAAGAAAUGCAGCAGCUGAACUUGGAAGGAAAGAAUUAUUGCACUGCCAAAACAUUAUACAUAUCAGACUCAGACAAAAGAAAGCACUUCAUGUUAUCAGUAAAAAUGUUCUAUGGCAAUAGUGAUGACAUUGGUGUGUUCCUCAGUAAACGGAUCAAAGUCAUCUCCAAACCUUCUAAAAAGAAGCAGUCACUGAAAAAUGCAGACUUAUGUAUUGCAUCAGGGACAAAAGUGGCACUAUUUAAUAGACUUCGAUCCCAAACAGUUAGCACCAGAUAUUUGCACGUAGAAGGUGGUAAUUUCCACGCCAGUUCACAACAGUGGGGAGCGUUUUACAUUCACCUUUUGGAUGAUGAUGAAUCAGAAGGAGAAGAAUUCACAGUGAGAGAUGGCUACAUUCAUUAUGGGCAGACUGUCAAACUUGUAUGCUCAGUUACUGGCAUGGCACUCCCAAGACUGAUAAUUCGAAAAGUAGAUAAACAAACGGCAUUACUGGAUGCAGAUGAUCCGGUAUCACAGCUCCAUAAAUGUGCAUUUUACCUUAAAGACACUGAGAGAAUGUAUUUGUGCCUUUCCCAGGAGAGAAUAAUCCAAUUUCAAGCCACUCCAUGCCCAAAAGAACCAAAUAAAGAAAUGAUUAAUGAUGGAGCUUCUUGGACAAUCAUUAGCACAGACAAAGCAGAAUACACAUUUUAUGAGGGGAUGGGUCCAGUCCAUGCUCCAGUGACACCCGUGCCUGUUGUAGAAAGUCUACAAUUGAAUGGUGGUGGGGAUGUAGCAAUGUUGGAACUCACAGGACAGAACUUCACUCCAAAUUUACGUGUCUGGUUUGGGGAUGUGGAAGCUGAAACCAUGUACAGAUGUGCAGAGAGCAUGCUUUGUGUUGUUCCAGACAUUUCUGCAUUUCGAGAGGGUUGGAGGUGGGUCCGACAGCCAGUCCAGGUUCCAGUAACUUUGGUCCGUAACGAUGGCAUAAUUUACUCCACCAGCCUUACCUUUACAUACACACCGGAACCAGGGCCACGGCCACACUGCAGUGCUGCUGGAGCAAUCCUCAGAGCCAACUCGAGCCUCAUGGCUUCCAGUGAAACAAACACAAACAGUGAGGGAAGUUACACAAGUGUCAGCACAAACCCCACCAAUGUCACAUCAUCUACAGCAACUGUAGUUUCCUAACUACUGUUGUUUGUCUGGACUUAAAUUGACUUUUUGUGCUACAUUCAAGAGAACUGAACAAUUUUUGUGGUUUCAUGGGAAAACACUUUUCCAUUUUAGGUGAUAUGAUUUGAACCUUGUUACCUGCAAGUGCUGAUCUUAAAAACAGAAGCCACAAUAAAAAAAAAGAAAAAACCAACAUCCGAAACAUAAGAACUUUAUUGAAAAUCUAUUUUUCAGCUGUGUUUUUUUAAGUGGGCAAGAAACAAAAAUGUGGCUGGGAUACAUGUUGAGCAAACUAGAAAACAUGAACACAACAUAGUUUUUAUGGACCAAGGAACUUGUAUAAGCUUUAGUAUAAAAGGUACAUUUUCACCAUACCUUUUUUGUAUCACAACAUAUAGUACACUUUUGUUACCAAAUAGUUUAUAUUUUUUUUUUCCUCUGAGCUUUUGCUCUGAAGUAUAUUCAGGUUCCAAGCCUGACCAUGCUUGUAUAAUCUAAUUACCAUACUCUUCCAGUUUUAAAAAAAAAAUAUAUAUUUUUGGUCUGUGGCUGGAACUGUUCCUUUUUUUAAACUGAAGUCUUGUGACUUUUUAUGAACUGAAAUUGUUUUUAUUUCAGCAAGUAGAACCUUGUAAAGGCCAGCAUAUUUUUUUUAAGAUUAUAUGAAGUCUGUGCAAAAGCUUUAAAAAAUGCCUCUGCCUUGCCUGCAAUACAUGCAAUGUAUGUUAACUUUAGUGCUCUGUUUUCAGUCAUUGUUAAUAGUUAUUUCUGUUUUUCUUUUUUAAAUAUGUAUUUAUAGUGAUAAUUCAUGAGGUUCUAACAUUACAUGAGUUUUUUUCCUAAAAGUGGCAUCUCAAGCAGUCAUAUUAAUGAUUGUUCGUGUCACAGGCAUAUGUUGGUGUUUUUGAAGGGUUGUUACUGGGUUACUCCCCCUCUUCCUUGCUCAGUCAUAUUACAUCUGAAAAUGUUCCAGGAUCUGUUCAGGUUUUUCUAAUCUUGUACAUAAUUUGUAUUAAGUGUAAGUUAAAUGUUUUAUUUCAAAAGUGGAAUGUUCCCAAUAACUUAAUUUGGCAGCAUGUCUUCUGUCUUGUUGGCAUGUAACUAAAGUACCAUGAGAAGUAUGUGCUACAAAUGGGAUUGGUAGGUGAUGCCCUUCAUCACUUGAGAAUCACAACAAGCAUGUUUUUCAUCAUCCUGUUCAGUAAAUUAGGCCAGAUUUGUGUAACACUUGUAUUGAGAACGUGCUUUCAUUGUGAAGUGAUCAUGCAGUAAUAACUAGAAGUAAAUUUUAUUACUUAGAAAUGGGCAAAUAGGAAAUCAUAAAGCACUAUGAAGAUGUCAACUCCUCCCAUCCUUGUUUCCUGUGGGUUUCCCUUUCUUUGCCAACAGCUUGUGCAACAUUCAAGUCUUCUCUCCAGCAUAAAUUUAAGGCUCAUUUGCACUUUGACUUUGUUGGUUGUUGCGUUUGUUUUUCAUUUUGACUUUACCAUGUUUUCUCCCUCCUUGUAGACCUGCCUGCUUCAUUUGUAUUUGAAAGUAUACCCCAGUAGUUAAUUUGUAGUCACAGAGUUAGGCAUAGACUUGUAGGGCAAGUUCUGACAGUGUGAUCUUCUUCUUUAAAAGCCAAAAUUUCACGGUGUGUUCAGCCUUUUCUCUACCCUGAAGCAAAAGUCACAACUGCUGUGUAAAUGUGAACCUGUGGUUUCCUACAGUGCAUUGCUUACAGGCUUACCUGUUGACCAUUUUCAUAGGGUUUUUAUUUCUGACCACUUACUCCAGUUUCAACACCCACCACCAUUUUAAGGCAUCGUCUCUGCAACAUAUUUGUGUACUCUGACGCUCCAUUCUACUUGUUUGCUUUAGUGUGCUCCGUUGUAUGUGUGAAAACAGUGUGUUUAAAGGAAGAAAUUGGUUAUAAAGCAUAUUUAGAAAGUAGUAAAAUCAGUGCCACUAUCAUCCUGAAAUGUGCUUGUAUUCUACCACAGGCCUUCAUACUUGUUAUUCUGUAUUACGAAAUGUGUUCCCGUGACGUAGUCUCGAUGCUGGUUCCUAGCACUAGUGAAUGCUGCCUCACCUCAUCUCCAUUUCAGUGACCAAGGGCAGGAUUCAUUGUGGCCUUAUCUCUGUUUUAAACUGUUUACUGGCAUUGACUUGCAAAUCUGUUUACCUUUGUAUGUGCUGUAAAUUUUUGGUUUAUUGUGUUGUGGCGGGAAUCGUUUCACAGUGUUUUUGUUAAAAGCACAUAAAUAUCUUACAGUACAGUACAGCUUAGUUCAAGAGCCACAGAUUUUCAUCACUAAUUAGACUGAGAAUUAAAAUAAGCAAGAUUCAUAUAUCAGAUUUAGAGGUUAUUCAAGAAACCAUGAUAAGCAAACCAUAACAAGCCUUUUAACCUUCAAAGACUAUUUAAAAUAGCUUUUCAGAACUUGACACAUGCUUUUAUACUCAUUAUUUUAAAUUUUUUACAUAUAAAUGCAAUACUUUUUAUAUUCAUUUUCUUUAUGUGCAGUAAUUUUGCCCGAUAGUUAUACUGUCCCUUGACUUGUAAAGAUUUAGCCUAAUAUCUGCUGUUCUAACACUACAGCAAAGUGGGUGAAAAAAGAGCAUAUUUUGCUUACAAGACCAUUUUAAACCACAUUUUUUCAUUUGGCUUGUGGCUCUCUUGUUGCCAGUAGUUAUUCUGUAGUACAGAAAUGGUCUUCCAGGUCCUUACUGUUGUUAAUACGUCCAGUUGUUCAGAUAUAUUAUCUUCCUGAACCUUUUUCUGUGGGGUGAUAUUGUUACAUAUAUUGGCCUUGUGAGCUGUUAUCAAUUUUCAUUAUAUUAACAGUAUCUCAAGAUUUUGAUAAAACUACUUAUAGAAUGUUUCAGUAUGAAACUUAUAACUGUUCAAGUCUAGCUGUUAAGUCUGCUGUUAAUUCUGUAUACAUAGAAAUUGAGUCUGUGUUCAGAAUGUUGUUAUAGUUCCAACUAUAGGAAGAAGAAGCAAAGUGAGUGCUCUAAUUUAGCUAUGCCUUUUCCUGUUUUCUGUUGUUUGGAGCUGCGUUUCAGAAUUCAACACUAGCGUAGUCUUUAAUAAUCUGCUGCUGAUGUUUUUCCUAAUUAUUUGCCCUGAGGGCAUCCCACACCUGUGUUAAUAAUGGUAUGCUGUACUUGUUUUCAUUGCACAGACUUAAAAAAUCAGAAUGGUUACCAGAAAAGACAUUAACUCAAGACACAAAUUGGUGAAUUCCCCAUAUAGAAAAUAUUAAUGCCUAGUGAAUCAAAUUAUCUAUUGGAAGUAAGAUACCCACUUGUGGAUUAAAUGACUCCAUAGAGAUGUCCAUCUUGAAACUAAGAUGCUCUUCAGUUAUUAACCAUAUUAUUUGCUUUCUUUCAAAAGCAGCUGUGUUUAUGAGUACUGAACAAAUGUGUAUACUUUCCUGUGCCAGACUUUUGACUUUGUUUUCAAGCACUGUACUGUGGGAUUGAGUGGCAGCUUUGUUAGAAAAAGAAGUAUAUUAGGGUUUCUACUUAACCCUUUUAGGACUGAACAAUUUCUUCCCUUUAGAAGCUGUAAAAUAAAUGAGCAGUUCUAACUUCGUAACCAUUCUGUCUGUGUUCAGCACUGCAUUUGCCCCAUCUGGAGGUGCUAUGCUAAUGUCAUUUUUUAAAAUCCUGUAGCAUGUGUAUACAUUCAGUCUUAAAAGGGUUAUUUUUACAAACUGUGCACCUGUAAAGUUUCUUAGCAAUAAAGGUAGAAAAAUGAGCAAGUUUUUACCAUAAUUUUGUAGAAUUAAUUGCUCAGUUCCAUAUUUCAUCAAGAAAACCCCUGCAAUAUGGGCAGUUUUGAGGAUUAAAUAAAAGUGAAAUGUAAACCACAUAAAAGUGUUCUUGUCAAGUGUACUCUGUGUGUGUAUGUGCAUAAACUACCGGGUUUCAUUUUUUUCUACGAGGCUAAAGAUAAAAUGCCAUGUUACUGUUGCUGUGACAAACGUAAUUGAACAUCUGUAUGGUGAUACAAAAGUACUUACAGUUCAAACAGGUGUUGAAAUUUGCCACAUUUUGUUGGUUUUUUU